GACCGUUAAAUAUGUGACGUAAAAAUUAAAAAAUUAUUAAAAAAUAAAAAAUAAACUUUUAUAUUUUCCACCUCAUUAUUACAUUAAAAAAUAAAAAAACUAUUUUUUUCUCUACACACGCAAAACCUAAUUUUUUUUCUGCAAGCGCGCCGACUCGUGGCUCCACUCCGCCUUCGACCUCAACGCCUGUUUCGAUUCCGGGCGGGCGUUCCCUCGGUGGUGGUCUCUGGAGUUCGAGAGGCGGAUCGAUUCCAUGCUCCGCUCUGCCAUCGCCUGGAGCGACGGAACCCUCUCCGAGAUUCGCUCCCGUCACUGCUCCGACCUAUCCAUCAAUCUCGCCAUCGCCUGGAGCGACGGAACCCUCCCGUACUGCUCCGACCUAUCCAUCAAUCUCGCCGCCGAGAGCUCCGGCGACACCGGGACGAACCCAUUCUCCACCACCGGCCAUUCUUGGGAGCCGUAG